GGAGCAAAACUUCAUAUUAGAAAAGAUGGCGACCUGGCGCUGGCUCGGGCUAGGUGUGCGAAACUUUCUACGGAGAUCCUGGUCCAAAACCCCGUCCCUGAAUCGCACAGUUGGCACUACUGUUUUAGGAUCUCUUGCCGGAGGGGGGCUGUUGUUUUACUAUAAUCGCCAUGCACCGAGUUGGAAGUUGUUGUCACAUACCGUCCACGCAUCAGAUGAUAAGGAAGCUGAGACCCCCACGCCUUCUCUGUCGCCACGGCGAAUGCGAUUCAACCAGUUCGCCUCAAUGCAGUACGACAUGGAACCGUACAUGACUCCGCGAGACUUCCUUUUCUCUGUGCUCCUGGAGAAUGUUGACCGUAAACUACAGAAGAAAGCCUUAAGCAAAGAGGAAGUUGACAGAAUGCUGACCACUGCAUCACAGGCUCAGGCUGGAAACGCCUUAUUCAGGAACCUUGGAGAUGGUGGCCUGAUCUCCUACACAGAGUACUUGUUUCUGCUGACCAUCCUCACCAAGCCUCGCUAUGGAUUUCAUAUAGCUUUCAAAAUGCUUGAUGUCGAUGGCAAUGAGCAUGUGGACAAAAAGGAGUUUCAAAAGUUGAAGAAAAUCCUUGGAAAAAGGAAAGCAAAGAGUCUUCCUGAAGGUGGCACUGAGACUGUGACCACUGAGGACACAGACGAGGUGAGUACCACCCUACAGGCGAUCUUCUUCGGACGCUACGGCAAGAAGAAGCUACAGUACAAAGAAUUCAGCAGGUUCAUGGAGGACCUGCAGGCCGAGGUGCACGAGAUGGAGUUCCUGCAGUUCUCCAAGGGCAUGGACACGAUGCGCAGGGAGGACUUCGCCGAGUGGCUGAUGCAUUACACCAACGAGGAAGAUAACGAGGCGUACUGGGACAACAUGAGGAAGAGGAUCCCCACGGGCCAGAGUAUAACCUUUGAUGAGUUUAAAGUCUUCUGUCUGUUCACCAAUAACCUGGAGGACUUCGCCUUUACAGUGAAGAUGAUCAGUGAAGCUAACCGGCCAAUUGGAAUGGCCCAGUUUAAGAGAGCCGUGAAGAUAGCCACAGGCCAUGAGCUGUCGGAGAACGUCCUGGACACUGUGUUCAAGAUCUUCGACAUGGACGGAGACAACUGCCUGAGCCACAAGGAGUUCAUCGGUGUGAUGACAGACAGGGUCUUGCGGGGACUGAGGGUCCAGCCCAACCAUGGUCUCUCUGGGUACUGGCGUUGUGUGAAGAGGGAGACUCUGAAAGGCGCCCAGGAGGCUCUGGGAGAUACGGGUAGCCCAUUCUAACCUGGGACAGGGAUCAGUUGUGGUCUGACUGCAGGUGACCCCAAAACUCACAGGGGUGCAGCCAGGCUCAUUUUCUCCGCGUGAUUUGAAUCAUUAUUGUGGUUUUCUCAAGAUAUCCUAUAUUCUUUCCCUACGCCUCAUCCUUUUGGGAUGCCAAGCCAGAGCCCUCUCAUAAUAUGACAUAGAAACAGCAUUUUGUGUAUGAUUGUGCAGAUCAAGAAUAUUUAUCUUCGAUAUGUUGGGCCUUCGAUAAGUUCACUGCUUAGCUUUACAGCAAAUGUCAAGUAAUCGAAGUAAAAGGUGAGAUGAGGUAAUGCUGCAAAUACUGUUUUGAGUGUGUUUGCCCUCAGUGAGUUCCCAUAUAUGUUUUAAAAUGGUAAAAAAAGUUCAAGCUUGAACACAGACCAGUUUUACUAAAUCGCCAGCGGCUUUGUGUAUAACUAUCAAAUUGAGAUUGGCCAGGGAAAAAGUAAUUUUUUGUUUUGUUCAGGGUUGUGUAGUGCACUUCAAAGCAUGAAAUUAUUUCAAAGAGAUACCAAAUGGAGUAAAUAACUGACCGUUUGACCAAGUUUACAGUGACCCUGUGGCACUUUGCUUUAAGGAGUUUGUGGAAACUGUGCUUUCCGUGGUGACCAACAUGUUGCAGACUGGCUUGCAGCUGUUGUGAAGAGAGUAAUCUGGCCCGAUUUUCUAGAAACUACUGUCGGAAGACUUCCACUGCUUCCAAAAACAGUGAUACAGUUUCAAGAUGAAAGUCUUUAUUUUUGUGUUUUGUGUGUGCCUUUACAAAAUGAAAUAUAUCCUGUGUAUGUGAGUUUACAUUUUUAUUUUUUAUUUUUACUGGUGUAUUGGUUUAUGUGAACUUCAACCUGUGGAUGAACUGUUGGCAAAUGUUUUGUUUCAUAUCUUUGCACUUGAAUUUAGCAUAACUUAAGACAUGUGUGGCUGCUUUAACCAUCGAGUCUAUAAAGCAGAAGCCAUGCCCUGUUUUGGACAUUAAAAUGUCCAGUCAGUGAGUUAUUGUGUGUGUUUACGCCUCACUUUCUUCUGAAUCACGCAGAAAUUAAUUUGCGAUGUGGAUUUUUGGUUUUCAUAAAUGUAUUCACUUGGUUUGGUGCAGAUAACAUAUGAGGCAUUAAAAUGCUAUUUCAUACCUAAA